CAAAAAUUUCAAACAACUUGACUCUUGACCUUCUCGAACCCCUUCCUAUAAAAUUAACAAAACCCAUUUUUCCACCCUAUCCGAUUCCAACAACCUAAUCCAGUGUCCAUCACGUUUUUCCCGAUCUACCGUUUUUCUUGAUUUUAUCAACUUGAUUAUUCUAUGGACUAAGCUGAGUUCAUGUUGUAACCAUUUUGAUGUCAUAGGUUUUUUUGUUUGGGUUAGGUUUCUAGUUCUCAAAUCCCUUAAUUCACAUCAGAGUUUGUUUCCUUUGGAUUUAACGUUGUUUCGUUUUGUUGGGUGUGAAACUGUUAGGAGGGCUUCGAAGAGCAUAUAAUAAUGCCUUCGGUGCCUAUUGAACUUCUUCGUCAUUUGGUUCCUUUCAUCACCAAUUUUUAUUAUGGAUCUUUAUCUCAUCGUUUGAAACCUCUUGAAAAAAGUGAUAGGCGUGGUAAUCUUAGUUAACAUAAGAACUUUCGUUUCUUAUAUCGUCCCUUUACUCUUUUUUGGUUUUAUAUUAUUAUCCUAGUUGUUGUUGCUGCUGUUGUUUCGUCGAGCUACUAGUUGAUCGUUUGAAGAAUUGGCUGGGAUCUAGUUAUUUUCUUGUUUUGUUACUGUUUGGAGAGUGCUAGAGCUUCAAACUUUGCUAAGAGUAGUUUAGUUAUAGUACCUAAUAGGUUGAUAGAUUCAAUGGAAGUGUGUUCUUCUGUUAAUGACAAGCAUGGGAGUUGCAUAAGUAGUCUUGAACUCACUUUUAGUGAGUCGUUACAUAUACAAGAUUCUGAAAAAUUGGAGGAUGCGUCUAAGGGGCAUGAGAUAUGCAAUGUAGUUGAGGAAAACAAGGUUAUUAAACCGAAAGAUGCAAAACUCAACAUGGUGUCUUUGAAAAAAUCGGCUACCUUUCCGAAUCCUCGUGAGGCAGCAUCUGUUACAGAAUCACCUUCUGAGCAUUCUGUCCAUCAAGCUUACUCUCGUUCAAUAUCUCUGCCGGCCCCUUCGGAACUUAAAUCUGCCAUGAAAGGUAGUCGUGAUAAAAACGGGGAAGGGCGUGUGAAAUUGACAGUGAAAUGGGCUGCUGAUGUGUAUGAUCCAAUACCUACAUUAGUGUCGCAUACUGUCAAAAACAAGAAACAGCCGAAAUCCAAGAAGAAGAAGAAUGAAAAGAAAAGUUUGAAGAAAGGUAACAAGGGAAAUUCAACUCGAGGGAGCAAUGGCAAAGAUAAAGAUAAGAAACAGUCUCGCAACCUUGGUGAACAUUCUGAACUGUGCUAUGAGUUGUCGGAUUCUCAAGUUAUUGAAGGUUCUUCUGAUUUUGCCUCUGUUGAUGUUUGUAGCCAAGAUUCAAACUGCGGAGCUAGUUUCUUGAAAAAAUCAGUUACAGAAAUGCAUUACUCUGUCGCGGAAGCACAAUGAGUAAACUAUGUAGAAUGCUUUAUUCUAUUUCCUUCAAUGUGCAUAAAUAAAAUUAUGUCAUGCUGUUAGCUUGUAUAUAUAAUGAAAAGACUUGGAUUGUAUGGUGUGAGGUUUUUUACCUUCAAAGGCAAUUUGAAACUCUCUUCUACA